GUGGUGUGUUGAAUGAGCGUGCCGUGCGCAAAGCGCGGUGGGCGGGGCCAGAGGAGUCGGCCAUGAGCGGUGCCGUGCGCAAACCGCGUGUGGCGCAGCGCGGAGAGGAGGAACCCGAAAAUAAACAGCAAGGAGUCACGUCGUCGAGCCGUAGGGUACAGUCUGAGGCUAUGAGCAGCAACGAGUGUUUUGGUUGCGGCCGUACAGGCCACUGGAUCAAGAACUGUCCAAAUGCUGGACGUGGACGUGGCAAGGGCCGUGGCAGAGGGAAAGAUCUUUUCUGCUAUCGCUGUGGAGAACCAGGACACGUUGCAAGGGAUUGUGAGAGGACUGAGGAUGCAUGCUAUAACUGCGGCAGGAGUGGCCACAUCUCCAGGGAUUGCAAGGAACCUAAGAAGGAGAGGGAGCAAGUGUGCUACAACUGUGGCAAGGCCGGCCACAUGGCCCGUGACUGUGACCACGCCAACGAGCAGAAGUGCUACUCCUGCGGCGGCUUCGGACACAUUCAGAAAGGCUGUGAGAAAGUCAAGUGCUACAGGUGCGGCGAGAUUGGUCAUGUUGCUGUGCAGUGCAGCAAGGCGAGCGAGGUCAACUGCUACAACUGCGGGAAAUCUGGCCACGUGGCAAAAGAGUGCACCAUCGAGGCCACCGCUUAGUCCCGUUUCCUUCUUCGCCCCUCCUUUUUCUGAUUGAUGGUUGUAUUAUUUUCUCUGAAUCCUCUUCACUGGCCAACGGUUGGCAGAUAGAGGCUAUUCCCAGGCCAGUGAGCUCUUGACAUGUUAAAGGAGGAAAGGGGUGGAAAAACUUUCCACUUUCUGCAUUUAAUACAAAAAAAAUGUUUAUGUUUAGUUUGGUAGAGGUGUUAUGUAUAAUGCUUUGUUAAAGAACCCCCUUUCCAUGCCACUGGUGAGCAGGGAUGUGUGAGUUGAGUGGGAAGAACAUUUGUCGGGUAGGCCUCUAGAGACUCGUGGAACGUAGCCUUGGAGAGAUCGGGGAAAAAAAACGGUUGAAAAAAAUAAGAACCAGACAAAUCGCAGAGGCACUCGCUUCUGAAUGAUUUGCAUUUUUGUUUUAUCAACGAGACUGAGUUAGCCUAUGUGCGAUUGACCUGAUACAGCAGCACAGGACACAUUACAGUCAGGUCUAUCCAGGCCGAACCAGCAGUACGCAGCUAUGUGGAGAAACACCGUAACGUGUAAUAUAAAACGUUGUGUAAUAACAGUUUCAGAAAAAAGAUAUCAUUGGUGAAACGCUGGCUGUUGGAUCGUAGCAGCCACGGUGUUGAAUACCUAACUAAUGAUCCCAAGAGUUAGCGAUGGAGUUUUGAUCGUUCAAUAAAAUAACAAUAAAAGGAAAAAAAGUUCAUAAAACAUAUUUGGAGUUUGUAGAAAGGUGAAUGUUUUCACAGAAAUCAAAAGGUUAUUUUUGUACAAUAUCACUUAGACUACUCUGGAAAAAAUACUAUCAUUUGCGUGUACUCAGUUUUUAAGUCGGAAGGUGAAUGCAACUGAAGUUCUAGGACAUAGAAAUGUAAUUUUAAACUAUCAAUAAAACUGGAGGAGGAAGGGG